CCGGCCCGGCCGCGGCGGCGCAGCGAAGAUGGCGGAGUCCGGAGGUGCGGAGUUCGGAGCGGAGCGGCCCAGCAGCAUGGCUGACAAGAACAGCACCCUGAAAUGCACGUUCUCUGCUCCUGGCCACAGCACCACUCUACUGCAGGGACUGGCCUCGCUCCGAGCUCAGGCUCAGCUGCUUGAUGUCAUCCUCACUAUAAAUAAUGAAGUGUUUCAGGUUCAUAAAGUUGUCUUGGCUGCCUGCAGUGACUAUUUCAGGGCGAUGUUCACAGGUGGGAUGAGAGAAGCCAGCCAAGACGUGAUCGAACUGAAAGGUGUAUCUGCAAAGGGGCUGAAACACAUCAUAGACUUCGCAUACAGUGCUGAAGUGACUCUCGAUCUUGACUGCAUUCAGGACGUUCUGGGAGCUGCCGUCUUCCUCCAGAUGGUGCCUGUCGUGGAGCUCUGCGAGGAAUUCCUGAAAUCUGCCAUGAGCGUAGAAACGUGUCUCAAUAUCGGGCAGAUGGCCACCACCUUUAGCCUCGCCUCCUUAAAGGAAUCCGUCGAUGCAUUCACCUUCAGGCAUUUCCUCCAGAUCUCCGAGGAGGAGGAUUUCCUCCACCUGCCUCUGGAGCGCCUCGUUUUCUUCCUGCAGAGCAAUAAGCUGCAAAGCUGCAGCGAGAUCGACCUGUUCCGCGCCGCCGUCCGCUGGCUGCAGUACGACCCCACGCGCCGUGCCAGCGCCAGCCAGGUGCUGUGCCACAUCCGCUUCCCGCUCAUGAAGUCCUCCGAGCUGGUGGACAACGUGCAGACCUUUGACAUCAUGGUGGAGGACGUCCUGUGCCGGCAGUACUUGCUGGAGGCCUUCAAUUACCAGAUCCUGCCUUUCCGGCAGCACGAGAUGCAGUCCCCCCGCACCACCAUCCGCUCCGACGUCCUGUCCCUCGUCACCUUCGGCGGCACUCCUUACACCGACAACGACCGCACCGUCAGCUGCAAGGUGUUCUGCCUGCCUGACGCCGGCGGGCGCCAGUUCAAGGAGCUGACGGAGAUGGAGGUGGGCAGCAGCCAUUCCUGCGUGGCCGUGCUGGACAACUUUGUCUACAUCGUAGGGGGGCAACACCUGCAGUACCGGAGCGGCGAAGGAGCGGUUGAUAUUUGCUACCGUUACGAUCCUCACCUCAACCAGUGGCUGCGAAUCCAGGCCAUGCAGGAGAGCAGGAUCCAGUUCCAGCUGAACGUCCUGCACGGCAUGGUGUACGCCACGGGCGGGAGGAACCGCUCGGGGAGCUUGGCUUCUGUGGAGAAGUAUUGCCCCAAAGACAACGAGUGGACUUACGUGUGCUCCCUGAAGCGCAGGACGUGGGGGCACGCCGGGGCCACGGUGGGGGACAAGCUGUACAUAUCGGGUGGGUAUGGGAUUUCGGUGGAAGAUAAAAAGGCCCUGCACUGCUACGACCCGGCCGCGGAUCAGUGGGAGUUUAAAACCCCGAUGAACGAACCCAGAGUCCUGCAUGCCAUGGUCAGUGCAAAUAAUAGGAUUUACGCUCUGGGAGGCCGCAUGGACCACGUUGACCGUUGUUUCGAUGUUUUGGCCGUGGAAUAUUAUGUGCCUGAAACAGACCAAUGGACAACAGUGAGCCCCAUGCGUGCAGGUCAGUCGGAAGCCGGCUGUUGUUUGCUAGAAAAAAAGAUUUACAUCGUAGGGGGGUACAACUGGCAUCUGAACAACGUCACGAGCAUUGUGCAGGUGUAUAACACAGAAACUGAUGAAUGGGAAAGGGACCUGCAUUUUCCAGAAUCUUUUGCUGGGAUAGCAUGUGCUCCUGUGAUACUGCCACAGAUCACCACCCAGAGAUAACUGAGCUGCUGUGCUGGCCGUGGGGUCGCCUCGUGUUGCAUGUCGUUGGGAUGGCGUGGCGUUUUCCUUGUUUGCAAAUGGUAUCGUGCAUUUUCUGGGCGAGGGAAGGAGAAAAAUAGCUUGCGUUCCCUCCUCUGUGAAGUCCCUCCUCUUCUCUUACGUAGUGUUCUGGCAAGCGUGCUUCGUCAGAAGCACUUGUCAGCUAGUUAGACUUAGCAGAUGUUACAGCUGGAAAAAGCUUUUCUCUUUUUUUCUUUAUCUGAAAAGUGUGUGUGUGGGGAG